AGACUUUUGUGGACAAUAGUAGUGAUUCUACUGUGUGUGGGUUCAACGCUGAUGAUCUACAACAGUUGGAACCGAUUCAACACAAACCCGACCGUAAUUUCUAUCCAAAAGGACUACAGAACAUGGAAAACAGCUUUUCCAGCAGCAACCGUUUGUUUCGCCAAUAAACUAGAUGUGAAACUGGCCGAACGGUUGAUUAAAAAGAACUGGCCUGCAGCAACAGAAGAACAGCUGAGAUAUUCAAUGAGUUUCCUUUAUACGGUUGCCAAUGCUGAAUACAAGUCAUUUAACCAUUUUCUGCUAUUCAGAGACGAUAAAAGAUUGGAUAAACUGGAUCUUCUCAAAUUAGCUACGCAGGUGAGCUAUCAUUGAAAUGUAUACGUUUCAAUUAAAAUUUUUUAUGAAGAUUAUUGGAUAUUGAUGAGGGUGAAAAUAAAUAUUGUUUGAAUUGAAAUGCUGAG